AUGACUCUACAAUAUCUGAUCUCAGAUCUAGACGUCCGCGACAUGGGUCACGUGUGCGCGGUGCUCGAGUGCAGUGAUCGAGCGUCUACCACUGCUGUUUCUGACUGCAGCGCCACUGGAAAUACGAUGCCAGGGGUCAAGAGACGUUCACCUCUUAAGUUACCUGAGAAACCCUACAUUGCGCUCGGCUUGGAGGGCUCCGCUAACAAGCUCGGAGCAGGCAUCAUUUGCCAUGGAACGGAUGGAUCGACUACAGUACUGUCUAAUGUCAGGCACACUUAUAUUACGCCUCCUGGAGAAGGCUUUCUUCCAAGAGACACGGCACAACAUCACCGUGAGUGGGCCCUAUCGGUGAUCAAUGAUGCGGUGAAGAAGGCCGAGGUGUCGUUGCACAACAUCGACUGUAUCUGCUACACUAAAGGUCCGGGAAUGGGUGCACCAUUGGUGUCUGUUGCCCUCGUUGCACGGACAUUGUCUCUCCUCUACAACAAGCCUUUAGUCGGUGUGAACCACUGUGUUGGACAUAUAGAAAUGGGCCGUCAAAUUACUGGGGCGCAGAACCCAGUAGUGCUCUAUGUGUCGGGCGGUAACACACAGGUUAUUGCGUACUCACAACAAUGCUAUCGGAUAUUUGGCGAAACACUCGACAUCGCCGUAGGAAACUGUCUAGAUCGAUUCGCAAGAGUCAUCAACCUCAGCAAUGAUCCGGCCCCGGGCUACAAUAUCGAGCAGGAAGCAAAGAAGGGAAGGCGAUUGCUGCCGCUACCCUACGCGACAAAAGGCAUGGAUGUUAGUUUGUCGGGUAUCCUUACCUCGACAGAAGCCUAUACGAUGGACAAACGAUAUCGAGCCAAUGGGCCUUUGAAUAAUCAAGAUGACAAUAUCAUAACACCACAAGACUUGUGUUUAUCGCUACAGGAGACCGUCUUCGCAAUGCUUGUAGAAAUCACAGAGCGAGCCAUGGCGCAUAUUGGUAGCAAAGAGGUUCUGAUUGUAGGCGGUGUUGGCUGCAACGAACGCUUACAAGAAAUGAUGGGAGUCAUGGCCCAGGAGCGUGGCGGUCAGGUCUUCGCUACUGACGAGAGAUUCUGCAUUGAUAACGGUAUCAUGAUUGCUCAAGCUGGUCUUCUUAGUUAUCGGAUGGGUCUUCAGACACCGCUUUCAAAAAGCACUUGCACUCAGAGAUUCCGCACAGAUGAAGUCCAUGUGGCAUGGAGAGUCUAG